GCCGCACACUUUACGGCAUACACGUGCUUCCUGAGCUCUUCACCGCUCCGGAUCCAGAGACAGUCUUUGAGUAAAUCUGAGUGAAAUGAUGGCCAAACUGAGCAAAGAGAGCAAGCAGCGGCUGCAGCAGGUGUUCCAGUGCGGCCAGUUCAUCAUCCGCUGGGGCUUCAUCCCCACCGUGCUGUACCUGGGAUUCAAACGGGGAGCCGAUCCGGGGAUGCCUGAACCCACAGUCUUCAGUUUGCUUUGGGGAUGAAGACGCUCCUGACGGAGACUACAGCCUCCAUGAAGACUCGUCGCUCGCUCGGAUCUGAACUCAGUGCUGGGAUGUAAAUACUUCACUGUCAACACUUUUGUGUUAUUUUAAGACUUUUGCUUCCUCUUUCUGGAACAUUGCAUUGAGAAAAAAACAA